AUGGCGUCCCUAGACAGCGUUGAAGUCGUCAUGGUCGACGUCGAUGCGGAAGGUGAUCUAAUACUCGAAGUCGGCAGAGAACUCAAGAACCAGAUCCAAACUCAAGAGAAGGGAGGUCCGAAACCGACUCCAGUCAUAAUGCGUAUCCGGGUCUCCAGCAAAAUCUUAAGCCUAACGUCACCCGUCUUCGAGGGCAUGCUCACCCGCAGAUCUCGAGAAGACCAGCUUCCACUGGGCCAGGAUAAACCCCUUGUCUUGGAGUUUCCAGAAGAUGCACCGGAGCCCAUGGCAACCCUGUGCAAAGUCUUGCAUUACCACCAAGAUGCCGUCCGCCCCUAUUCGUUCAGGGAAAUGUACGAGGCUACGCUCACCAGCACCAAUUUUGGGUGCACUCACGCGAUGGCACCUUGGUUUCACCGUCAGCUACAUCUCAGGUGA